AUGUCAAUUUUUCGAUUAUUAUGUUUUUUAAUUACAAUUAUAUUGGCAAUUUGUACAUUAGGGGUUGGUUUAAUUUUAUCACCAUAUUGGAAAUAUAAUGAAGAACCAUCAAGAGAAGCUAAAAUUCAUUUAUCAUUAAGUUUAAUAUCGAUACUUUUUCUUGGCGCAUCAGGUCUCUUAAUUCUUGUCUCUAUUGUAUCUGGACCAGGUAGAACAAAGAAAAUAAUUAUUAUUACAAUGAUAUUACUUAUUCUAACUAUUGGCUUUCUCUGUGCAUCGGUUGUAUACAUGUUUACUCAAGUUAAUCAUUCUUUUGCAUUUUGGAUAUUUGCAUCAUUAUGGAUAAGUGUUGCAUGUAUACCAUUUGGAUUAUGUACUCUUUAUAUAAAACCAAUUCAAAUGGAUCGUCUUUAA